UAGUCGAUUUGUCGGUAUCAGUUUCUUUAUUUUUUCGUUGUUUGUUUUUGUCCGUUAGUGAGCUAAAUUAGAAAUGUUUUUUUUUUUUUAACAAACUGACAGUUAAUUAUGGAUUUAUUUGACAUAAAAAGUUUUAAAAUAAAUAAAUCGAGUGGGGUUUAAUGAAAAGAGGAAGGUGAAAGUUACGGAUGAAAGGACUGAUUGAAAAACAGUUUGUUGUUUUUUGUUGUUUCGCUCGUUAUAUUGUUGAAAAGCUCUCGAGAGCGGUGCAGACUCCACACUCUACUGAAAGUUUCAAUUGCGAGGACCCAAGUUAGACGGUUUAAAUGAAAAGUUGAGUCAUAUGUCGAAGGGUCACAACACAUCCAUCCGGCUGCGAAGUUACCAAAGGCUUGCAGGUGUUUUGUUCCAUUAAAAUAUAUAUUAACUUGUGUAUAUUUCGGGCCAAGUGAAAUCCAAGGAUUUAUUUUUUCCUGCUGGUAAUCAAUGCCCCGGAAAAAUGAGUAAAAAAGUGUUUUGUACAGUUGCUGUAAUUACAUAUUCAUCAAAUGCUCCGUUAGACAUCUGACCUGCACAUAAACAAAUAAUAAAAAAUGUGCGAGUGCGAUGACGAGUGUGACGGUGUCGAGUGCAACCCGCCAACUAAAUGACUAGAGUAAUACUAGUAACAAUAAUUUAUAAUAUUGUAAAAAAAUUAAUAGUGAGAUGGCCACUCUAGGUCUCUCGAAGGUUUUUAUACUGGACAAAUAUUUUACCGAGUUGCAAAAAUUUUGGGAAACUGAAAAAAAACUCCAAGAUGCAUCCUCGUCAAACGAAGCUUCACACUUGCAGCAGCGUUUGAAAACCCUAAGCACCGAACUAGUGACUCUUCGGAACCGGUUGCACGUGAGCCAGCCCGGAAGCAACGGAGCAGCGAACGCCGUGAAUAGUACCAUAGCCUCGCCUGCGCCAGGAUCAGGCUCCGGGGGCGUCGGAGCAGGACCCGCGGGAGCUGGAUCAGUAGCAACACUAGCGACAGCAAGUUGUGAUAAGGGUGCGCCGACAGCAGCACCCGCGGUGCCGCCACGCAAUACUCAGUCUCACAAUAACGCCGUGCCCCAUCCAAUUGGACACUCAUCCGGGCACAGUGUUACCGCUUCCGCUAUUAUCCACCCGCACGCCAAUCAUUCUACUGCCAACGAUCUCGGCCACAACUCCACCGCAAACAAUUUAAUAUCUGAUUUGGAAAGAUCGAAACGUUCAGACGACGGAUUGGUGUCAUGUGUGACGGCAUUAAGCAGCUUGCGGUCACCCCCGAUUUCGCGAAUAAUUGCCGACGUUAAAGGAAGCGGAAAAGGACACUUGACCCAACGAUGUAUCACCAAGAGUGGUCAGUCUGUCAGCCAGAAUUCGACGACUCUGGAGGAUUUGAUUCACUUGCCGGGACCUCUGACCGAGGACGCGGUGCUCAAGUGUCUCCAGGCGCGAUUCUGUGCCAAACAGUAUCAUACGAAUGUCGGACCCAUACUAGUGAGUAUCAACCCCUAUACAGAUGUGGGAAACCCACUGACGUUGACGAGCACACGGACCGUGCCAUUGGCACCGCAGUUGAACAAGGUCGUCCAGGAAGCCGUGAGACAACAGUCCGAGACUGGUUACCCACAGGCCAUCAUCCUCUCGGGGACCAGUGGAUCGGGCAAGACUUAUGCAUCGAUGCUCCUGCUCAGACAACUCUUUGACGUAGCUGGUGGUGGCCCCGAGACCGAUGCUUUUAAACAUCUCGCCGCGGCUUUUACUGUUUUACGCUCCCUCGGCUCCGCUAAGACUGCGACCAACUCCGAAAGCUCCAGAAUUGGUCACUUCAUCGAAGUCCAAGUGACUGACGGCGCUCUGUACAGGACAAAGAUCCACUGCUACUUUCUGGAUCAAACCCGCGUCAUUCGACCGUUGCCUGACGAGAAAAACUAUCAUAUAUUCUAUCAGAUGUUGGCUGGGCUGUCUCAUGACGAGCGCGUUAAAUUACAUCUAGAGGGAUACAAUUUAAAAAAUCUCCGGUACUUGCAGCACGGGGACACGAGACAAGACGAAGCUGAAGACGCUAUUAGAUUCCAGGCAUGGAAAGCGUGUCUAGGUGUGUUGGGGAUACCAUUUUUGGACGUAGUCAGAGUUCUCGCGGCAGUUCUGAUCCUCGGUAACGUGGGAUUUACGGACGGCCCUGGCGUCGAGGUCAGCGUAAUUGGGGAAAAUGAGUUGGCAUCAGUCGCGGCACUUUUGGGGGUUCCACCCUCGUCUUUAUUGCGCGGUCUUACCUCGAGGACUCACAAUGCGCGCGGUCAAUUGGUCAAGUCUGUGUGCGACGCCAACAUGUCAAAUAUGACGAGAGACUCUUUAGCGAAAGCACUUUACUGUCGCACGGUAGCGACGAUAGUAAGACGAGCCAACAGUUUGAAGAGACUUGGCUCAACUCUUGGUACACUUUCUUCGGACUCAAAUGAAUCGGUUCAUAAUCAAGCUGAGGUCACUAGCCAGCAUGCGUCAACCAUCGGUAGUUCUGCAGGAGGAACAGGAUCCCGCAGCAUGGCGGCGCUGAACAACGCAGUACGUCACGCGACCGAUGGGUUCAUCGGGAUCCUCGAUAUGUUUGGAUUCGAGGACCCGAAGCCGAGUCAACUUGAGCAUCUGUGCAUAAAUUUGUGCGCGGAGACGAUGCAGCACUUUUACAACACCCACAUAUUCAAGAGCUCGAUCGAGAGCUGUCGAGACGAGGGCAUACGCUGCGACGUCGAGGUCGAUUAUGUUGACAAUGUGCCUUGUAUCGAUUUGAUAUCCUCUCUGCGCACUGGUUUACUGAGCAUGUUAGACGUCGAAUCCUCGAUGCGUGGAACUGCUGAGAGUUACGUUGCCAAAGUUAAAGUGCAGCAUAAGCAGAAUCCAAGAUUAUUUGAUCCAAGAAGUCUCGACUGUCGGUCCUUUGGCAUUCAGCAUUUUGCUGGGAAAAUAAUUUACGAUGCCUCGGAUUUUCUCGACACAAACAAAGACAUUGUCCCAGAUGACCUAGUUGCUGUUUUCUACAAGCACACAUGUAACUUUGGGUUCGCCACCCACUUAUUUGGCAGUGAACUGAAGGCACUUUAUGCCAGCGAUACUGUGCCACGUGGUGUCAGCUUUAGAAUAUCACCGACUUCACACACUGAUUUACUUUAUUGUAGAUUAAAUGGUGACGAGCCAAUAUCUACACUCACUCAGGACUUCCAUACACGUCUUGAUAAUUUACUACGUACGUUAGUACACGCACGUCCACAUUUCGUACGUUGUAUUCGUAGCAACGCUACCGAAACGCCUUUACAUUUAGAUAGGAGAGUUGCAAUGCGACAAAUACGUUCUCUUCAAGUACUUGAGACUGUUAAUUUAAUGGCUGGAGGAUAUCCACAUCGAAUGCGUUUUAAGGCGUUCAAUGCGCGGUACAGACUGAUUGCGCCGUUCAAACAGCUGCGACGAUCCGAGGAGCAGGCUGUCGAGGACACUAAACUUAUUUUGCAAAAUGCACAGCAAGUUAAGAGCAAGUUUGGCGCGAGUACCAGUUGGGCGCUCGGCAAACGUCACAUUUUUUUGAGCGAGGGGAUAAGACAGCAGCUGGAAAAUUUGAGAUCUGAGACACGUCGGAAGGCUGCCACUGUCAUACAGACGACAUGGCGCGGAUGGAGAGUCAGAAGAAGAUGGCCAGUGAGACGCAUCCCUCUUUCAUUACCAACUGGAAUUAUUUCCAAACACACUCAGCAGUCAAACAACGGAACCCACCGCAAUGUCACCAGUACGACAACUGGAACCCGACCCCGGCCGCAACCGAUCGCCGGCACUCCGCCUCCAGAUCCUACCGAAAAGUGCGCAGAUCAAAAAAUGAUACAGCAAACCUGCACUCUCUUUGGACUUGACCUCGAGAGACCGCCUCCAGUGCCACCGAGUAGAUCCUACACAGUAACGGGAAAUACAAAACUCGGUUAUCCUCAAACGCGUGUCAUGAAAAUGCCAUUUCCUGAAGAAGGCGAAGGAGAAGUUGUUUUGUUGAAAGGCGAGACAGUUUUAGUUAUCGGCGCAUCGCCUCGACGCGGCCAUCUUCUUGUUGAGCACAACAACGUGACCCUCCACGUGCCCUAUCAGUUCAUGGAAUUGAAGCCGUGUAAUAUUAACAUUUAAUUAUUUAUUUAAACAUUUAUUACUUAUAUUAAAUCACAAGACUCUUACUAUUAAUUAUUAUUACUAUUAAAAAAAAUAUAUACGUUACAUUCGAGUGUAAUUGCCAAUAAAUUGCCAUAGGAAUUUUUACAUGUAGUAAUUUAAA